GUCAAUAAAAUUUUGAAACUUAUCGUAAUGGUGGUGAUUCUAGUAAACUACCGACUGAUUGCAUCUAUUUUUAUUUGUAUUUUCUAAUAAAUUAGCAUUAAUCGUAAUAUUUAGUGUUGUGGCUGCGGCCAUAUGAUGCUUUCUUAUGUCGGGCAUAGCUAAAACGCCAGUUUUGGCCGAGGAGGGUGGGAACAAUCAGACUAGAAAACGUUCUCUCCAGACCAGCGAACAGUGCAAUAAUAAAAGAACAAAAUCCGACGAAAUGAGUGCCAAUGAGAAGAAAUCUAAUUUUUCAAUGUUGACUCCAAACUCCAAUGGAAGCAUUAAGAUGACGUCGUCAUCUAUGAACAAGCCUGGUGCAGCGACGAAGAAAUUGGUUAUAAAGAAUUUCAAAAGUAAGCCGAAUCUUCCAGAAAACUACCAAGAGACAACAUGGAGCAAGUUGCGGGAGGCCGUGAUCGCUAUCCAGACGUCCAAGGCGAUCGCAUACUCGCUGGAGGAGUUGUACCAGGCGGUGGAGAACAUGUGUAGUCACAAGAUGGCAUCACAACUUUAUGUGAAUCUAACGAACCUGGUGGAGGCACACGUGAAGGCUAAUAUUGAGCAGUUCUUGUCUGAGAGCAUGGACAGGCAGGUGUUCCUCAAGCGUAUGGACGACUGCUGGCGCGCUCACUGCCGCCAAAUGAUCAUGAUUAGAAGCAUCUUCUUGUACCUAGACCGCACAUAUGUUCUACAAAACCCUAGUAUACAUUCUAUAUGGGACAUGGGCUUGGACUUAUUCCGGCACCACAUAGCAAUGAACACUUUGGUUCAGACCAGGACUGUGGACGGUCUACUCACUUUGAUUGAGAGGGAGCGCGGUGGUGAUGCUGUAGACAUAUCCUUGCUCAAGAGUCUGCUGCGAAUGCUCUCAGACUUGCAAAUAUAUCAAGAUGCUUUUGAACACAAGUUCCUACAAGCGACGGAGCGCCUGUACGCUGCAGAGGGGCAGCGUCUGAUGCGAGAGCUAGCAGUGCCACAGUACCUCGCACACGUCGAGAAGCGGCUACGAGAGGAGAAUGAGAGACUACUGCACUAUCUAGACCCCUCUACUAAAUGGCAAUUAAUCCACACAAUAGAGCGGCAGUUGCUGAGCGAGCACCUGACGGGUAUCCUGGGCAAAGGCCUGGAGUCCCUCAUGGACGGGCCCCGACUGGCCGACCUCACCACCCUCUACACACUCUUCAGCAGAGUCAAGGACGGACUCACGGAGCUGUGUAACCACUUUAAUGCUUAUAUCAAGAAAAAAGGUCGUACGAUAGUAAUCGAGCCGGAGCGAGACAAGACGAUGGUGGCCGAGCUGUUGGAGUUCAAGGAGCAGCUCGACCACGUCGUCAACACCUGCUUCCAACGCAACGACAAGUUCCUCUACUCCAUGAGGGAAGCCUUCGAGUACUUCAUCAACCAGAGACAGAACAAACCCGCCGAACUCAUAGCAAAAUUCGUGGACGUGAAACUAAGAGCGGGCAACAAGGAGGCGACGGAGGAGGAGCUAGAAAGACUUCUGGACAAGAUCAUGGUUCUGUUCCGGUUCAUACACGGCAAGGACGUGUUCGAGGCAUUCUAUAAGAAGGACCUCGCCAAAAGAUUGUUGGUUGGAAAGUCAGCGUCAGUGGACGCUGAGAAGUCGAUGCUGAGUAAAUUAAAACAGGAAUGCGGAGGAGGCUUCACGUGCAAACUAGAGGGCAUGUUCAAAGACAUGGAGCUUUCUAAAGACAUCAAUAUUACUUAUAAACAACACUUGGCGGCGACGUCGGAGGGCGGCGGGCUGGAGCUGAGCGUGUACAUCCUGACGAUGGGGUUCUGGCCGACGUACGGCGCCGUGGACGUGCGCCUGCCGGCCACGCUGACGCGCCAGCAGGACCACUUCUCCAAGUUCUACCUCGCCAAGCACUCCGGCCGCAAGCUGCAGUGGCAGCCCACCCUCGGCCACUGCGUACUGCGCGCCCACUUCGCGCAGGGUAACAAAGAACUUCAAGUGUCGCUGUUCCAAGCACUCUGCUUACUUCUGUUCAACGACGGAGACAACCUCUCCUUCGAGGAUAUUAAGGCUGCUACAAAUAUUGAGGAGGGCGAGCUCCGCCGCACGCUGCAGUCGCUGGCGUGCGGCAAGGCGCGCGUGCUGAGCAAGGCGCCGCGCGGCCGGGAGGUGCACGACUCCGACCACUUCUCCUUCAACGCCGACUUCACCAACAAACUGUUCCGCAUCAAGAUCAACCAGAUACAGAUGAAAGAGACUAGUGAAGAACAGAAGGCGACAGAAGAGCGUGUGUUCCAAGACAGACAGUACCAGAUCGACGCCGCCAUCGUACGAGUCAUGAAGAUGCGCAAGGCACUCUCACACAACCUGCUCAUAUCUGAACUCUAUAACCAACUCAAGUUCCCCGUCAAGCCUGCGGACCUGAAGAAACGCAUAGAAUCGUUGAUCGACCGGGACUACAUGGAGCGCGACAAAGACAACCCGAACCAGUACAACUACGUGGCGUAAUAUCCGGCCCACAGCGGCCACGCUGCGUCGCCGCCCCGACCGCGCUACUGCGUCACCAUCACACUGCGACACCGCCGCUAAACUCAAGCUCAAUAAAUGUCUCAUCUCUAUACCAUGUUUCAACAAUGUGUACUUACAACCGACUUAAUGAAUGCUGUUUCUAAAUGAGCCACAUUUUAUCCAAUAUUCUCGAUAUUUCCCUAUAAGGUCUCGUACUCCCCUUCUACGUAGAAAAGGUGUAAACUUUUCCCCUUACAUUUUUCAGGUACAUGAUUUUGAUGUACCAAAAUUUCUUGAUUAUGCUACCCUACUUAUUAAUUUCAAAUCCCUUAUCUAAUUAUUAAUUUUCUUUUAUCUUUUCUAUACUAAAUGACCCGUUUAGCAGCAUCUACCUACAAUGACUGGCUUUGUACCUUCAAGGUAUAAAUGCAGAAGUAUGUUGGUGAAACAUAAAUCGAGUCGUAUAUGUGUGUCGUGGUGACAAUGCCUCAUGAAGUCUCGCCGAGCCGUGCAAGCCUGUACAGACCGUGAUCCAUGCGUUCAAUGCGUUCAGUAGUCGACAGCUUACACAAACUCCGCCGAUGUACAUUCUUUCGCUUCCCUACGUGUGUCGUUACAGUAUACAAGUUAAGUGAGAUGGGUAAAAUACACAUUCAUACUACUAUUGAUAGAUGUAUGUGAAAUAUAUUGAAAAACUGCCAUUAGGGUAUUUUAUCAGUUAUGUCCGUAAUUUUUGAUAACUAUUCAUACUUAACUAAUAGUUACCCAUCUCUAAUUUAACUUGAGAAUCAUUGUUCUCGUUUACAGUGUCUUAGUAUUAAAGUUGACGGAAUAUUCCGUGGCUACACUAUUGUCUAUUAUCCCUAGUAGUUCCCAUACUAAUACCGUAACAGUGGAAAUUAUAAUUUGGUUUACUGGGUCAAUGUUCAAUAACUAAUUCAGUAGAAUUUAAAAGACUUCUAGAAUGGCCGACUAUAUAUCUGAUAGCUCGUAAGUUACAGCUUUUCGAUGAAAUUCUACACUCAAAGAAUGUGAUUAACGUAAUAAGUGCUACAGAAGUUAUGAUAAAAACAUAUUCUAAAAUAUAUAGGUCUUUGAGUGUAGAACAACAGUCCCUUUCCUCGAGCCAAUAGCUGCAGUAAAGAGGUAUAAAGCUCUGGGUCCGACUUGUGCGCUAUAUAAUAUAAAUAAUUAUAUAAUAAUUACACCUUAGAGAUAUAAAGUGUGAUAUUAGAGAAUCGAGUACCCUCCACUUGAAACGGACCAGUUAUGAUUUCAGGAAAUAAUUUUAUUUAUCACAUUACUUCAUUUUCUCAAAACUUGGGAGGUAAGUGCAUACGUUCACAGCACAGAUGUUUUAAAUAACAUCAACUUUAUAAUAUCUAUGAUUUUACUUCAGUUAACAACUUGUCAGCUACGUUGCGUUUUUAGGUAUACUUUUUACAUUUAAUUACUGUUUAGAUUUGAACUUAAUAGCAUAAGAAACUGAAUUCACGACAACCCCUUGUGGUUGCCGUGUUGCAACGAAGCUGGCAGUGUCCGAUAUGUACGGCCGCCAUAUUGCCGAUGGCUGGGCUUCGUGUCGAGUUAUCCAGUUUGUGUUUGUCCCCGCGUGUCUGUUUCUGGAGGGAUCACUAAUUAAACUAUUUAUAAUUUUC